UGACUCUAUAAAAAGAGAAGACCUUAGACAGUAGAAAUCCAUCACAAACAAAGAAAUAAGGAACCGGCUAUAGUUAAUUGUUUGAUUUGAAGUGCUACAAACAAUGGCCACAAAUCAGGAAGAGGUGUCACUUUUGGGAGUAACUGGAAGCCCAUUUGUGUGCAGGGUUCAGAUUGCUCUCAAGUUGAAGGACAUUGAGUACAAAUUUUUGGAAGAAAAUUUGGGCAACAAGAGUGAGUUGCUCCUCAAAUACAACCCAGUUCACAAGAAGGUUCCAGUGUUUGUUCACAAUGAGAAGCCCAUAGCAGAGUCUCUUGUGAUCGUUGAAUACAUUGAUGAGACAUGGAACCAAAAUCCCAUCUUGCCUUCAGAUCCUUACCAAAGGGCCUUGGCUCGUUUCUGGUCCAAAUUCAUAGAUGACAAGGUUGUGAGUGCUGCAUGGAAAGCUGUUUUCACGGUUGAUGAGAAAGAGCGUGAGAAGAAUAGUGAAGAAUCAUGGGAGGCACUGCAGUUUCUUGAGAAUGAGAUAAAGGACAAAAAGUUCCUUGGAGGAGAGGAAAUAGGGUUGGUAGAUAUUGCUGCUGUUUUCAUUGCCUUUUGGAUCCCAAUUUUCCAAGAAGUAGGAGGGUUGGAGUUGUUCACAAGUGACAAAUUUCCCAAACUCUACAAAUGGAGCCAAGAAUUAAUCAACCACUCUGUUGUGAAAGAAGUGCUUCCUCCUAGAGACCCACUUUUUGCCUACUUCAAAGCCCGCUAUGAAAGCCUUAGUGCCUCAAAAUAGAUUGUUUCAUAAGGAUAGUUGUGAGAAGCACUAGUGUCUCAUUGAGUUGUUGCUGUUUUGAGUUUCUUUUCAAUUUGAUUAUUACAUUACAUGUGAUGUGAUAUAUCAUACCUUGCAAUAUUUUCCAUAUUCCAAUGAAAAAACAAAUAAAGAAAUCCUAGGAUCUUGUUUGUCUCCAUUUUCUCUACUUUAUUAAUAAGAAAACCAAUUUACUCUUU